AGGGGAAGGCAUCUUGAAUGUGUUUGCAGAAAGUAUGGUGAUCAGCCAGACUGGAGAACCCAAUGAGGCACAUCGUUUUUCGAAGCCCCACGAGUGUAGCAAUGUCCAAAUUAUCUUGAUAGCCGUGAUAAUGCUGGCGACAAGAACCUGUACAAGGCGGCCGAUAUCGAAAGGUACGAGUCUAGCACAGCAGAGUAACUUUUGCGGCAAAGACAUCCAUCAGUGCCCAGCUUGUGGACAGUCUCCCACACAUUGAUGACCAUCAAUAGAUAUGCAUGAAAUCAGACUCUUCUUACACAGAAUACCCGGCUUUCGCGAAUCGCGAUACUCUGAGUGCACGCAAAGUCAAUGACCCUAAUGCUGUGUCAUGUACGAUAAAUCUGGUGUGGGAAAGGUCGCCAAAUGAGUUGGAAGCAGAGUCCUCGUCCAACGGUAUUGUGUCAGACGCGGACGCUUGCAAAAGCUGGUGAGUAUCAAGAAGUGCAUAUGACCGUAAAUAUUGGAAGCGAGCAGGCCUCCUCGAGAUUAACUAGAGCAUCAUUUGCUUAGAGCACUAGUCUCACAGCGAGAGCAG